AUGCGACAGAACUGUCAAGCUGAUUGUAUGUGCCUUGCUAUAAAUAAAUUUUAUAAUACUUUUACUCCUAUAACUCCAGUUUUCGCUUUACAAAUAAAAUGCAAUUUAAAUGGAAUUGAUAAACUUCAUGUUGAUGAUAAUGGAUCGUUUCGAUGGUAUCUUAAGUUAAAAUGUUCAAGCUGUGGAGAAGAGGAGAACAAAUGGAAAUAUGUCGUUUUCGAAGAAACCCAAGAAACAACUAAAGGAAGAAGUGAAUGCCAUUUAGUUGAAAAAUGUUCAUUAUGUGGAAGGCAAAAUACCUUAGAAAUUAUAAGUAAUUCCUUUAAGGAAUACACCUCAGAGAAAAAUGAAGAAUAUCAGACAAUUGUCGAGUUUGACUGUCGUGGAAUUGAACCAACGGCAUUUGAUUUCAGAAAUCACUGGGUCGCAGUAGCUGCUGACAGUGGAAUAGUGUUUGAAGAUGUUGAUUUAUCAGAAAGCUUAUGGACAGAAUACGAUGAGAAAAUGGAAAGAUGUGUAGAGAUAUCAGAGAUAGAAUCAAAAUUUUCUGUCAUUAAAAAAUGA